AUGAGCAUCCUUCCCGGGACAACAACGCAGCCCUGGACCUCGUUCGACAUUACCGCCAACUGCUCCCUGACCGGCAACUACUUCGCCUGGGUCGUAACGCAGGACAACGAGCCUCCGUUCCCCGAGGUCGCCAAGUUUUGGCGCAUGACGGUGGGACUAGAAGGCGCCCAGAACCUGUCCGACGCCGUAGUCAUUGAGUGGCACGAGUGGGCGCGUUCCAACGGGUCCGACCUGGUCUACCAGGUAAACAUCCUCGACGCCUGCCGAGAUGAGCUUUGCCGAUCCAUCGGCUCCGAGAUCGACGGGGGCCUCGCCGGCUUUGGGGUCCUCGCAUCCUACGGCCUAGGAGCCGUCUUUUUGACCCUCUACGGUGGGUUUGCCCUCCGCGGUUUCUUCAAGCGCCGCAAAACCACGACGGCUCUGUCCGAGAAGCCUCACACGGCCCCGCCAGACGGCACCCCCGGCUUUCUCGGACGUAUCGACGAGGCCUUGCGAUGCACGACCUAUGAUCUCUUCACCGCGGCUGCCUUCCUCUCCCUCGGGGUCCAGGCCACCGUGAUAUAUAGCCAGGUCGCACCCGCCACGCACCACUACAACUCGUCCCUCCAGCUCAUCGUCUCCGCCCUGGCAUUCUACCCGCUCGCCGCAAUGCUCCCACUGGUCCUCGCCUCCGGCCGCCGCAGCCUGCUGAAGGGCGCCAUCCUCGUCUCCCUGUUUGUCGUCCACACGGGGGCGUGGGUCCUCUGCACCAACGGCGCCCAGGACAACUACUACCACAAUGAGACUCCCAUGCAGCUCUGCCCGCAAAACCAUCCUCCGCAGGCCGUGGUCUCGGCGGCCAUGUUCACCAUGGCCGCCAUGGUCUGGAUGCCGCCCCUCUUCGGCAUCUGCCUGAGCGUCGUGCUCUGCUUCUACCGGUGCAACAGCCGCGUCAUGUGGCAGGCCAAGUGGCUCGACAAGGUCGCCCAGGGGGCCGUGGUCCUCUACGCGGCUGCAAACUUCAUCUGCAUGUGGGGCGCCUGGACUGCUCUCGUUGUCUUCAUCAAGGGUGCACCGCGGAGGGCCGAGGAUGUCUGGAACCUUGGUCAGGCUCUGGCCCUCACUCCUUGGAUACCGGUGCUGGUGGAGUUUGCGUCCAUUCUAUGCGGCAAGUCUUACAUACCGGGUACCGAGGCGGGCCUUGCCGGCCGCCUGCCCCUUGGUUUUGACGUGGUGCGGCAGGAGAAGGUUCUUCACCAGCAGGAAGAUACUGCAUUCCUGGACGAUUCUCCUGUCCAUUGA